AAUACAUUCAACAUUCGUGACCCCUUACAUAUUAUCUUAAUCGCGUGCAUAUCCCCCUGCCCCUGAUACAUACAUUCAUUACCCAUCAUGGCUAAGAGCACGACGAUCAACGAGCCCAUUGCCAUUGUCGGCAGCGCCUGUCGCUUUGCUGGCGGUGCUUCGUCACCAUCAAAGCUGUGGGAGCUGCUCAGCAAACCUCGCGACGUGCGCAGCGACAUCCCCACGAGCCGGUUUAACGCUUCCAGCUACUAUCAUCCCAAUCCUGCAUACCAUGGGCACAGCAAUAUUCAACAUUCGUACUUGCUGGAGGAAGAUGUUGCUGCCUUCGACUCGGAGUUCUUCGGCAUCAAGCCUGUCGAGGCGAAGGCCAUUGACCCUCAACAACGGCUGUUGAUGGAGACUGUCUAUGAGGGACUGGAGUCUGCUGGACUCACGAUUGACUCUCUGAGGGGGAGUGAUACUGGAGUCUACGUUGGGCUGAUGUGCGGUGACUACGAGGCAAGCUUAUUACGAGACAUGAAAACGGCCCCAGUAUACACGGCCACCGGUAUUGGACGGAGUAUCCUAUCCAACCGCGUUUCAUAUUUCUUCAACUGGCAUGGCCCAUCCAUGACCAUCGACACGGCUUGCUCGUCUAGUCUUGUCGCUGUCCACCUUGCAGCGCAGGCCUUGCGAUCUGGCGAAUCUCGCGUUGCCCUUGCUUGCGGAUCCAACCUUUUGCUGGGUCCAGAGAAUUACAUUAUGGAAAGCAAGCUGAAGAUGCUGUCUCCUGAUGGCCGCAGUAAGAUGUGGGACAAGGACGCCAACGGUUACGCGCGCGGUGACGGCGUGGCAGCUUGCAUUCUCAAGACCCUGAGCGCCGCCAUCGAGGACGGAGAUGACAUUGAGUGCAUCAUCCGCGAGACAGGCGUGAACCAGGACGGAGCAACCACUGGAAUCACAAUGCCGAGUGCCACGGCUCAACAGGCCCUCAUCCGCAGCACAUACGAGAAGGCGGGACUGGAUCUGGCCAAGGCCACCGACCGACCCCAGUUCUUCGAGGCUCAUGGAACUGGAACGCCAGCUGGUGAUCCCAUUGAAGCCGAGGCCAUCUCCAAGGCCUUCUUUGGAGAGGAAUACGCGGAGAGAGUCGCCGAUGAGCCGCUCUACGUCGGGUCUAUCAAGACCAUCUUAGGGCACACCGAAGGAACUGCCGGUGUCGCGGCGCUGCUGAAGGCGUCCCUGGCCCUCCAGAACUCUGUGGUGCCGCCGAAUAUGCUAUUAAAUACGUUAAGUGAUAAGGUGGCACCGUUUACUCAGAACCUUGAGAUCCUCAAGGCCCCCAAAGCCUGGCCUACAGUUGAAGAUGGUCAGCCUCGACGCGCCAGUGUCAACAGCUUCGGAUUUGGUGGCACCAACGCCCACGCGAUUCUUGAGAGCUAUGAGCCUCGUCGACACCUGGAAAACGGUAUCGCAGGCUCGGAGGCUACUGUUCAGUUGACUCCGUUUGUUUUCUCUGCUCUUUCCCGAAAGUCCUUGCGCGAUAGUCUCUCCGCGUACGCCGACUACCUCGAGGCCAACCCGGCAAUCAACCUGCGCGACCUGGCAUACACAUUACAACAGCGUCGAUCCGACUUUCCUUACAGAGUGUCAUUCGCUGCACAGUCGGCCGCCGAUCUGGUUACCAGCAUUCGCGCUGAACUGGACAGCACGAAGGUCGAGGAGCUGGGAGUGAGACUGUCAGCCUCUGAUGGGAAGCGCCGCAAGAUCCUCGGUGUUUUCACCGGACAGGGCGCUCAGUAUGCUCGCAUGGGAGCAGAACUGAUUGAGACCUCUGCGGCCGCUCGGGAGAUCAUCCAAGACCUGCAGACGCAUCUCGAGCAGCUCCCCGAGGACCUCCGUCCGGACUUCUCUCUGGAAGAAGAACUGCGAGCUGCUGCAGAUUCCUCGCGAGUCCUCACCGGCGCGUUCUCCUUCCUCUCUACUGUGGUUCAGCUUGUCCUCGUCGACUUGCUCAAGCUUGCUGGUGUCCAAUUCGACGCCAUCGUGGCGCACUCAUCCGGAGAAAUGGCCGCCGCAUACGCAGCUGGUCGACUGUCGGCACGCGACGCCAUGUGCGUUGCCUACUUCCGAGGACGGUUCGCGUCCAAAAUGGAGAGUCCCAAUGGACCGGACAAGAAGGGCGCCAUGUUGGCAGCUGGUAUGUCGCACGAGGACGCGCAGGCCUUGUGUGAAGACGAGAUGUUCGCUGGACGUGUCUGCGUUGCUGCUGUCAACUCUUCCUCGAGUGUCACCAUCUCCGGUGAUGAAGAUGCCAUUGACGAGUUCAAGAUGAUCCUUGACGAUGAGAAUAAGUUUAACAGGAAGCUGCGCGUUGACCGGGCCUACCACUCAAACCACGUCUCUCGUCGUCUGGCAGACUAUGUUGCUCUUGUCAAGUCGGCCGGUGUCCAGGCCCUGGAGCCUGGGGAGGGCGCUCCUCUCUGGAUAUCGAGUGUUUACGGGCGCGAGGUUACAUCUGACAUGGGACUGAAUGAUGACUACUGGGGAGCUAGUGUGGCCCGGUCGGUGCGUUUCUACCAGGCUCUGAAGAUUAUCCUCGAGAACGACGAGUACCAGGCUGCUAUCGAGGUUGGGCCACACCCUGCACUGAAGGGCCCAGCAAGCCAGACCAUCCAAGAGCUGGGCAAGUCGAUUGCAUACUACGGAGUGCUGAGCCGUGGGUCUGACGCCACUGUGGCCUUCGCAUCCAGUCUCGGAUCGUUGUGGUGUCGCCUUGGAGGCCAGCAGCUGGACUUGACUGGAUACGAGAAGACAGUAAACAACAUCAAGUCUCCCCUGCGCGUGCUGAAGGGCCUCCCAUCCUACCAGUGGAACCACGAGGGCUCUUACUGGCACGAGUCCCGGGCAUCAAAGAAGCACAAAGCCCAGAUCCAGCCCUUCAACCAGCUAUUGGGAACUUUGAUGCCGGAUAGCGCAGCGCAUCAUCUCAGCUGGGGCCACCUACUGCGGGCAAGUGAGAUCGAAUGGGCUUCAGGCCAUCAGGUCCAGAGCCAGACCGUCUUCCCUGCUGCUGGGUACAUCUGUACUGCAUUCGAGGGUGCUCGAGUACUUUCAGCAGGCCGCCACGUUCGUCUCUUUGAGCUCAAGGAUUUCGUCAUUCACCAGGCUCUGACCUUCAGCCAUGAUGACUCUGGCAUUGAAGUGCAGGCCUCCAUUUCGGACUUCCAGCGGAGCGAAGACCGCAUACGGGCCAAUUUUACCUACUCUGCCAGUCUGGGCGAGGAGGACCUGGACCUCGUCGCCGAAGCAGAGCUGCAUAUCGUCUUCGGUGAAUCUUCAGAGAAGACUCUCCCCCAGCGUGCAUCCAAGCCACCGCAUAUGAUUUCCGUGGACAACGAGCGGUUCUACACUUUCCUGGCGACACUGGGAUACGGCUUCGAGGGGCCAUUCAAGUCUCUGCACACCCUCAGAAGGAAGCUCGGGUCCAGCAUGUGCGCUGUCAACUCGGUUUCGCGCGAGAAUACCUUUGGAACCUCCCUGCUGGUGCACCCGGCCGAGCUGGAUGGUGGUAUACAGUCACUCAUUCUUGCCUACAGCUAUCCAGACGAUGACCAGCUGUUGAACAUGCACUUGCCAACGAGCAUGAAGAGCAUCCGCGUCAACCCGACCCUAUGUCAGUCCAUGACCGAUAUCUCAGUCGACUCCAGACUGGGCAGAAACAGAUCUGCCGGUUUCUCAGGAGACGUCAGCCUUUACACCAACGACUCUGCGUGCGCCGCAAUUCAAAUGCAGGGUGUUGAGCUGAAACCUCUCGGUGCUCUCACUGCAAAGGAUGACCGUAAGGUCUUCUCCAAGUAUGAAUGGGUCAAGAACAAGCUCGAUGGCGAUCUGGCAGCGUGCGAUACCACUGUCACGAAGCACCACCAGGACGUCCUGGAAGGAUUGGAGCGCAUAUCGACAUUCUACCUGAACAAGCUCGACGCAGAAGUCCCUGCAGACUCUCCAUUGCGAAAGGAGGGCCCGCAUAGCCACUACCUCAACUACGCCCACCAUAUUGUCGAGUUGAUCCAGAACGGGGAGCACAGGGUAGCCAAGAAGGAGUGGCUUGCUGAUUCACUGGAGGACCUACACAACGCAACAGGCCAUCUCUCGGACCUGAUUGACUACGACAUGAUGCACCUUGUGGGACAGCAGAUGCCUCGCGUGCUCCGGGGAGAGACCAACAUGCUAGAGGAAAUGCGCGUCAGCAACAUCCUAGACAACUACUACAAGGGCGCGUUUGGUUCCCGCGAGGCUGGUCUGUGGAUUGGCAAGAUCAUCUCGCAGCUCGCUGAGCGCUAUCCUCACCUGAACAUUCUGGAAGUCGGAGCUGGUACAGGUGGUGCUACGACGAGGGUGCUGCAGGGUCUCAGCAACAAGUUCCUGUCGUACACCUUCACCGAUGUCUCCAGUGGUUUCUUCGAAGGUGCCGCCGAGAUGUUCUCCGAGCACAAGGACCGCAUGGUCUUCAAGACGUUCGACUGCGGUCAGGAUCCUGUGAACCAGGGCUACGCAGAGGGAACAUGCGAUGUCGUCGUUGCAUUCCUCGUCAUCCACGCAACGCCCGAUCUGGAGCUCACGAUGAGAAACAUCCGCAAGCUGCUGAAGCCUGGUGGUUUCCUAAUCGUCGGCGAGGGAACGAACAACGACCAGCCAUAUGGAAGCGCUGGAUUCAUCUUCGGGUCUCUUCCUGGCUGGUGGUUGGGUGCAGACUCAGGCCGUCCUCUCUCGCCUUUCGUCUCUUACUCUGAAUGGGAGAGAUUGCUCAAGGGCAGCGGGUUCUCUGGCAUCGACUCGACUGCUCCUCAGGCAUUCCAGGACAUCCUGGGUAUGACUGUCUUCGCCGCUCAGGCCGUCGAUGACAGGGUCAACUUCCUGCGAGAGCCACUGAACCCAGAGGUGGUCACCCAGAGCGCAGCAGCCAUCGAGUACCCCAUCAAGGAGCUGGUCGUUGUCGGCGGAAGUACAGAGAAGACUCGUAGUGUCGUUGCUUCAAUCACGGAUCAACUUCAUGCCAGCGCUGCGAGCAUUCACACUUUUGAGACAUUGACUUCAGUUGACUUCAGUCUCGUUGAUGGAGACGCUACAGUCGUCUGUCUGUCUGAACUCGACAAGCCCGUCUUCCAGGACCUGACCCCUGAGGAAUGGAUGGCAUUCAAGACGCUCUUCUCGUGCCCUACAAAACUGUUCUGGGUCACCAGUGGCAGACUCUCUGAGGAGCCUUUCUCCAAUAUGACUGUUGGAUUUGCACGCACCGCAGUCUUUGAGACCCCUGCCCUGCGCUUCCAGAACAUUGACAUUACAGAUCUCGCAGCUGUGACGCCACAGGACAUUGUUGAGAAGGUUCUCCGCUUCCACGCAGCCGCCAGUGAAGUAGCACCAGAAAUGAAGCCAUACGCAUGGCCCCUGGAGCCCGAGAUUCUGAUCGACGCAGAGGGACAGGAGCUCGUGCCCCGGCUGCGAGACAUUGCUGCGAGAAACGACAGAUACAACUCAGCUCGACGGGCGAUCACAAAUGAGACCGACAUUACGUCGUCCCCUGCCGCUCUGCAGCACGAUGGUGAGGGAUGGAAGCUGAAAGAGCUGUCUAGGUGGGCUAUUCCGGAGGAGACUGAGACCGAGAUCAGGCUCGAAGUUACCCAUACAGUCUUGUCUGCUCUCCGGACAUCUUAUGGCCACCAGUUCCUUGCCUUUGGAACUGAGGCUGAGAGCGGUACAAGAUAUAUGGCUUUGGUGCCGAUUCUCCUCUCAGUCGUCAAUGUGUCCAAGGAAUCUGCCAUCCCGCUGCCGUCGUCGACUGCCAACGACUCUGAGAUCCUUACAUCGAUCGCUGCUGGCCUGAUUUCCGUCUCUGUUGUUGAUCCUCUCGUCCCUGGUGAUACACUGGUCGUGCACAACGCAACAGAGCUCCUUGCCCGUACCAUUACCAACCUCGCCGCAAGCAAGAGCCUGCGCACCAUCUUUGUGGUAGACUCUUCUCGGCCAGAUUCACCAGAGUCGUGGAUCAAGCUCGAGCCUUAUAUGACGCAGUCUGAGAUUGCGGAUCUCCUGCCUGCCAAUACGGCCUGCUUCGUGGACUUCUCCAUCCAGGCGUCAGAGAACACUGCCUCAAUCGUAUCCGGUCUACCGGUGCACUGCCGCAAAGAGAAUGUAUCGACUCUAUACUCUCCUCUUGGCUGGGAGAGUGUCUCCUCCGUUACUGCCCCUGCCCUGGGCAAGCUGGUCCAACACGCCUGGUUCUACGCCCAACAGGAGACUCUCUCCGGUCAAAAGGCCGCUGUCCAAACGGUUGGCAUCACCGAUCUGCUAGAGGGAUUGAAUCCUGAGAACCCUGCGACAGUCAUUGACUGGACCGUCUCGAAGACUCACCCCGUUCACGUCAGCCGGCUUGACUCGGCCGUCUUCUUCAAGGGCGACAAGACCUACUGGCUGUGUGGUCUGUCUGGCGCCCUUGGUGUCUCCCUCGUCGACUGGAUGAUCGAAAGAGGCGCGAAAUGUCUCGUCCUAACCAGUCGUAACCCGAACAUCUCCCCCGACUGGAUUGCAGCACACAAGCGCAACGGCGUCACAGUGACCAUUGUGCCCUGCGAUGUGACCAACGAGCCCGCCCUGCGUGCAGCCCACAGCUUCAUCUGCGAGACGCACCCACCAAUUGUUGGUGUCCUGAACGGAGCCAUGGUGCUGCGAGACGUAUCGAUCCGAAACAUGUCGUUCGAGCUGAUGAGCGAUGUCUUCCGGCCAAAGGUGUACGGAAGUAUCCAUCUAGACCGCAUCUUCAAGGACGUGCCCCUCGACUUCUUCAUCCUGUUCUCCUCCAUCAACUGUGUCAUUGGAAACCUCGGCCAGGCCAACUACGCCGCGGCGAAUACCUUCAUGUGCAGUCUUGCAGCGCAGCGUCGUAAGCGCGGUCUGGCUGCCACUGCUCUGAAUGUCGGCGCCAUCAUUGGAGCAGGCUACAUGGAGAGAGAAUCGAGCAAGGCCCUGGAUUUGACAGUCUCCAAGAUGGCAUUGAUGCAUCUCUCAGAGCAGGACUACCACCAGCUGUUUGCAGAAGGUAUUGACUCUGGUCGACCUGGCUCUGGCGACGAGGCUGAACUCACGACUGGCCUGCUGGAUAUCCCUGCAGCAGUGGACAACGAAAACACGCCCAAGUGGCACUCUAACCCGGCGUUCCUGGACUUCAUCGUCCACCAAGUGGAGAACAACGGGGCGGACGCUGGCAAUGAGGUGAUGGCGUCUGUGCAGGACCAGCUGGCCGGGUGCAAGUCUCGCAGCGACGUUCUGGCAGUAGUCAAAGCCCGGUUCGCAAUGCAGCUGCGAAAUGUACUGCAAAUGACGACCGCAGACGAGGACCUGAUGGCCCUGAGAAGCCGCGACAUCGGCCUCGACUCGCUGAUCUCGGUCGACAUUCGUUCCUGGUUCCUGAAGAACUUCGAGGUCAGCGUUCCAGUGCUGAAGAUCAUGGGCAACGACACCAUGGCCGAACUGGCAGACCUGGUUGCUGAACAGGCGCCCGCAUCGCUGCUCCCAGGGCUUGCCGGGGAUGAUGUCCCUGUUGAAGUACCGGCAGCGAGUUCUGCUCAGACUCUACCGACCGUCGUCGUAAAUAGCGAUGAGGCUGGGUCGUCAUCUGCAGACUCCGACAAUGAUGCCACGCCAGCUCAAUCCAGAGGUGGUUCGACCGGUUACACGACGCCAACAUCCGUCGACGCCCCUGUCCUCAAGGGCCCUGUGAAGAUCGACUGGAGCAAGGAGGUCACUCUUCCAAAGGCAGCCAGUAUCCCAACUGAUAUAAUCCCUGCUGCUCGACCACGGACAGUUGUUCUCACCGGAGUCAGCGGACUGCUUGGUCGCAGCCUCCUAUCGACCCUGCUGGAUGACCCUUCAAUCGUCAAGAUUAUCUGCAUCGCUGUCCGCCGUUUAGGCGAGCGUCUCCAGUCGAAGGAGCUCCCUGUAAAUGACCGCAUUGAAUAUUACCCUGGUGACCUUGAGGAACCCCGUCUCGGCCUGUCCGCCAGCGACGCAGCCAACAUCUUCAGCGGCGCAGACGCCGUCAUCCACAACGGCGCCGACACUUCGCAUCUGAAAUUCUACCCCGAGAUCAAAGCUGCAAAUACCGGGUCAACCAGCGAGCUCAUCGCACUCUGCAUGACCCGCAAGAUCCCCAUCCACUAUCUCUCAACCGUCGGUGUCGCCUUAUUCGGGGACUACAAGUCCUUCCCCCAGGUCUCUGCCGCAGCACACCAUCCUCCAACAGACGGAUCCCACGGAUACGUCGCUGCAAAAUGGGUCAGCGAGCGACUUCUUGAAGAACUACACAAACAACACGGUGUCAAUGUAUGGAUCCACCGUCCGUCGACGAUCAUCCGCGAGGGCGCAGACGCAGUCAACACAGCCGCCCAGACGGACUGGAUGAACGCACUCAUGGCGUAUAUGCGCAAGACAAAGGCGGUACCGGUCUUGAAGAACCUACGAGGUGCACUGGACUUUGUAUCUGUCCGGAAUGCGACAAAGAGCAUCCUCACGGCGGUGCUGCAGAACAAGGCGGAGGGGCCGACGUAUAUCCACCAGGUUGGUGAUAUUGUGCUCCCGCUUGACAAUCUGAAGGAUUUUGUGGCAAGGGAUACCGGGGCAGCAAAGGUUGAGGAACUCCCUGUCGAGAAAUGGUCUGCGCGAGCUGUGGCUGUCGGAUUGAACCGUGGAGUGGCGGCUCUGAUUGAUUCCAUGGACGACCCUGGCCAGCCUCAUUAUCCUCGCAUGUUGCGAGAGUAAGCUAUCAUGUUCUAUAAUUAUAGUAAUAGUGUAAAUAUAUAGUUGGUUUGUACCUUCCAUGUUAUUAUAUGUUCUUUAUUAGUUUUCCCAUAACAUUUUCUUGCAGUAUUUCUG